ACGUCAUGAAAGGUCCUUCUGCACACUAGGAAAUAGCAUCUAGCUGUCGUCAAUGUCAUAGUGGUUGUAGCGUGGCUGGUUGAAACAUCUGUCACAGUAAAGCAAUGUUGAGGUCUCAGUACAGCCAGGGCAUAGUGAUAAAGCGUAUAGUAUAGAGUUUCAGCGCCUGCGGCCCGCAACAAACAGGAGGACACGGAGGGCAGUUUUGCAGGUGACAGGUUGAUUACCAGUAACAGAUUGCAAAUCACUGUGCAGCAUUUGAAAGGUGCUCUGCGAAGAAACUAAACUAAACAAGAUAAUUGCCGAUACCGAUAACAUCAAAAAUCGUGAAUAUCGGCACGAUAAUAUUGGCCAAACCGAUAAUCGGUUGAUCCCUAAAAGCGUAUGUCCAGCCAGGCAGCCUCAGAUGCCGAGGUUCUGCUGGCAAAAAAUGGCUGUGCAGGAGUGAUCACUUUGAAUAGGCCAAAGGCUUUGAAUGCAUUGAAUCAUAAUAUGACCCGGCUCAUCUACCAUCAGCUUAAACUUUGGGAAGAGGACCCUGAAACAUUUCUAGUGUUAAUUAAGGGUGCUGGAGGCAAAGCUUUCUGUGCUGGAGGAGACAUCAUUGCUAUUACAGAGGCUGGCAAGACUGGUGGCCAACUUGCCCAAGAUUUCUUCAAAGAAGAGUAUAUUCUUAAUAAUGCUAUUGGUAUUUGCAAAAAACCAUAUGUUGCUCUUGUUGAUGGAAUUACAAUGGGAGGUGGCGUUGGUCUUUCUGUUCAUGGUCAUUUCAGAGUAGCAUCUGAGAAAACCCUCUUUGCAAUGCCAGAGACAGCAAUUGGAUUAUUUCCGGAUGUUGGUGGAGGAUACUUUUUACCACGCCUUCCAGGAAAGAUUGGCUUAUUUAUUGCACUUACUGGAUUUAGACUAAAGGGAAGGGAUGUGCAAAAAGCUGGAAUUGCUACUCAUUUUGUUGAUUCGCAAAAGCCACUGUGUUUUCUUUUAAAGAUCCCAUCCCUAGAAAAAGACCUUCAAUCUUUGAAAAGUCCAUCCAAAGAAAACAUCUGUGAUGUACUUGAUGCCUAUGACAAAGAGAGUACUGCCGGUGAAGAUAAGCCAUUUAUUCUUGCUGAACAUUUGGACAAAAUAAACAGUCUGUUUUCAGGAAAGAGCGUUGAAGAAAUCUUGGAGAACUUGAAACAAGAUGGCUCUCCUUUUGCACAUCAACAGCUGAAGACAAUUUUGAAAAUGUCCCCAACAUCUUUGAAAGUAACAUUUAGACAGCUGAAAAAUGGAUCUUCCUUAACACUCCAAGAGGUACUAACUAUGGAAUACAGAAUAAGCCAAGCAUGCAUGAAAGGACAUGAUUUUUAUGAAGGUGUAAGAGCAGUGUUGAUUGACAAAGAUCAGAAUCCAAAAUGGAAGCCAGAACGAUUGGAAGAUGUGACUAAUGAAUACCUGGACAGCUAUUUUGCAUCCCUUGGCAGCAAUGACUUAAAAUUGUAACCUAAAUAAGGCAAUAAACUUCUUUAAAACCGC